AAUGUAAAUCGAUUUAACUUCAAUUUAAUCUCUUUGAGGGUUGAGUCCAGGGUUUUAGAAAUGAAUUCUCUGCGGCGAGCGUUGGUGGCGUCAAGGGAGAAUCUCCUCCACCUCCACCUCCACCGUCGCCGAUGCUACUCCUCCACUCGCCCCGGAAGAAAACCCAAACCCCUCUCUCCAAAACCCACGGAGAUUCCCUUCCAGCCCAAGCUCGCCAACGCCGUCAACCUCAUCGGCCAGGUUCAUUCGCCGCUUCAGUUCCAAACCUCCCCCGACGGAAACCCUUGGGCUUCCACCGUUCUCACGCGCCAAGACUCUCCGUCUUCCCCUUUCCUCUGGAUUCCAGUUAUAUUUGAGGGUGAUUUGGCUCACGCCGCGGUUUCGCAUCUCAAACCGAAUGAUGUUGUUCAUAUAGCUGGACAGCUCAGUACUGAUCCUCCGCACCUGAAUGGCCAUGCCCCAGCUCAAAGUAAUUUUCAGGUUAUGGUGCAAAGCCUCAACUUUGUCCAAGAUUAUCCCCAAGUGAAGAAUAUAUCUGAAACACCAAAGCAAAAAGUAGUUUCUGUUUCUGAAACCGAGGAGCAUGGCGUCAAUCCAUGGACGAAGUCUAUCCAUUCCAAGCAAAGUGAGGAACAUGACAUUGACAAAUCUUGGAAGGAUCUCCUUAAUAACCCCAGUGAAUGGUGGGAUGUUCGAUCAGCAAAGGAGAAUCCAAAAGGUGCAGCUUUUGAAAGAAAGACAAAUCGUGAAUUGGUCUUUAUCGAUAGCUCAACUCCCAAAUGGCUCCAAGAGAAAUUAGAGUCAAUGACAAUUGAUUUGAAACCUGAACUGAAACACACAAUAACCAGUGCAAAGAAAGACCCUGGCUCUUUGUUGAGUUCUUGGAGAGACCUUCUGAAUAAUCCUAAGCAGUGGUUUGAUUUCCGUGAUAGCAAACUCAAUGGAUUGGUGAACCCAAGGUACCCUGACUUCAAGUGCAAGGAUGGAAGCACUGCCCUCUGGCUUGACAGGGCUCCAAAGUGGUUUUUAUCUGAACUUAAAGGACUCAAAGUUGACAUUCCAGUUGUUAAAACCAAAAAAGAAAAAGAUGGUAAAGGUGAUCAGUCCUGGAAUGAUUUGGUGGAAAAUCCAGCUAAAUGGUGGGAUAAUAGAUUAAAUAAGAGGAAUGUAAAAGCUCCUGAUUUCAAGCACAAAGAAACCGGUGAAGGACUGUGGGUCGAUGCUUCGCCAAAUUGGGUGUUACCAAAACUGCCACCCGUGAAGCUUGAACAAAGUGUACCUACUAGCAGCAAACAAACACUGGUUUCAUGAACAUCGGAAGAGAAGCAGAGAAUGAAGUCAUUUACCAAGUUGAAUGAAUCUUUCACUCAUUCUCUCUGUUUCACCUCCAUGUAUUUUAGUUAUUGCCUUCUUAAAGUUCUUUUGUUCUGAUAUCUAUAGAUCUCAGUAUCUUUUAAUUGCUCGGCUAACUGAGCAUUAUUAUAGGAUUUUCCCAGACAAGUUAUAUUAGUUGCUUCUCAUGUACAAAUGCGAUUUUUGUCAGAAUUGUCGCUACUUAUGUGCAUUCUCAUCCCACAUUUUUCACUCAUGAGGAAAAAUAUAUUUGCUCAA